GAGUCAGUGAUCAAGAAUAUACACUUUUCUGUCUAUAACGAACUCCAUCAUCUUUAUUAUCCAAAAAUGCGCUACUACGAACCGCGCUAUCCAGAGGUAGACGAGCUUGUCAUGGUACAGGUUCGUCAAAUUGCAGAAAUGGGUGCAUAUGUCAAACUGCUCGAGUACGACAACAUCGAAGGAAUGAUUCUUCUAUCUGAACUCUCCCGCCGUCGUAUUCGAUCGAUCCAGAAGCUGAUCCGUGUUGGGAGGAAUGAGGUCGUGGUAGUGCUGAGGGUGGACCGGGAGAAAGGCUACAUCGAUCUCUCAAAACGUCGUGUAUCCCCCGAGGAUAUCACCAAAUGCGAGGAGCGGUACAUGAAAUCAAAAACGGUAGCGUCCAUCAUGCGGCACGUUGCCUCAAAACUGCCGUCUGUAGAUGCUGAUUCAACAGCACCCAUCGACGCACCCCCCGCGGAGGGCGCAGAGAAAGAAGUGAAGAAGUCGCGAAAGGCGAGGAAGGAGGCACAGGAGGAGGACCUCGCUGUCGACGAUACUGUACCCGACGUACACAACGAAGAGGAGAGACUAGAGCGGCUCUAUGAGCAGGUUGGGUGGCCUCUAGGAAAGAAAUACGGACAUCCCUAUGAAGCUUUCAAGCUCGCUCUGACGGAACAAGAAACUGUGUUCGGAUCUCUACCGAAUCCUGUGCCUGCGUCGACAGUAUCGAUUCUGAUGAGCACGAUCGCACGAAGGCUGACGCCCCAGCCGAUCAAGCUGCGUGCUGAUAUUGAACUUACGUGCUACACACCUGCUGGGAUCGACGCCAUCAAGAAAGCAUUGAGGGCUGGUGAGAAAGAAAGCAGCGAAGCUGUACCGAUAAAAGCCAAGUUGGUGGCUCCUCCGCUUUACGUCCUCAGUACGAACGCGACGGAUAAGUAUGCGGCCACUGAGCGACUUGAGCGCGCAAUCGAGUCUAUACAAGUGACUAUCGAAGAGGAGGGUGGUGCGCUGGUUGUGAAGAUGAAGCCGAAAGCAGUUUCUGAGACUGAAGAACAAGAUUUGGCACAGCUCAUGGCGAAAGUGGGCCAGGAGAAUGCUGAAGUGUCUGGCGACGAGGACGAGGAGGAAGCAGUAUAGAGCAUGCCGCGGACUGUAUGAUGAAUGCAACGCCUCUGAGCAUUACUUUUGUUGAUAUGACUAGACCUAUGAAUUGAUAUGAAUGAUACUGAGAGGUAAUUACAUGUCAGAGUACACGUUUCGGCCUCGGUUAGAAACGCAUUAGAUCCACUGUUGUGAUCU